UAAUCAAUAGAGAGAGAAAAAAAAAAUGGUAUUCUCAUCGGUUAUAUCUUCAUCUCCUUAUCUCUACAUUGCCAAGAAAAAACCAAUCCAUUGUUCAUCUUCAUCAAUCGUCUCUUCAAAGUUCGAUCUGAAAACCUAUUGGACAAAUCUAAUCACUGAAAUCAAUCUCAAGCUCGACGAAGCCAUACCUAUAAACUACCCCGAACGAAUCAAUGAAGCCAUGCGUUACUCUGUACUCGCAACCGGAGCCAAACGAGCUCCUCCCGUCAUGUGUGUCGCCGCCUGCGAACUCUUCGGCGGUAACCGUCUCGCCGCUUUUCCCACUGCCUGCGCCCUAGAAAUGGUACACGCAGCAUCAUUAAUCCACGACGAUCUUCCAUGUAUGGACGACGAUUCAUCGAGACGUGGGCGGCCGUCAAACCACACAAUUUAUGGAGUUGACAUGGCGAUUCUCGCCGGCGAUGCUUUAUUUCCUCUGGGUUUCCGUCAUAUAGUCUCUCAAACACCUCCAGAUCUGGUUCCUUCUGAUAGGUUACUGAAAGUAGUGGCGGAGAUUGCUCGAGCUGUUGGUGGUAGUGGAAUGGCAGCUGGGCAGUUUGUGGAUUUGGAAGGAGGGUUAAAUUCGGUUGAAUUUGUUCAAGAGAAGAAAUUUGGUGAGAUGUCUGAAUGUUCUGCUGUUUGUGGUGGGUUGAUUGGUGGAGCUAGUGAUGAAGAGAUUGAAGGGUUGAGAAGGUAUGGAAGGGCUGUGGGUGUUUUGUAUCAGGUUGUUAGUGAUGUGAUGGAUGCGAAGGAGAAGGGUGGAGAAGUGAAGAAAGGGAAGAAUUAUGUGAGGAUGUAUGGAGUUGAGAAAGCUAUGGAGGUUGCUGAGGAAUUGAGAGGAAAAGCUAAGAAGGAAUUGGAGGGAUUUGAAAGGUAUGGGGAGAGGGUUUUUCCUCUUUAUAGUUUUGUUGAUUAUGCUGCUGAUAGAGGGUUUAGUUUUGAUGAUCAUAUUUAAAUUAUUCAAUUGAAGAAGAUGAUGAAGAACAUUUUCUUUAAUACUUUAUGCAUUACUUUGUUUAUUAAUAGAACUAUAUCUCUAUUAUCAAUUUUAACCUAAAUAUAGAAGUUUUCGGGUUUGAUUUA